CUUUUUUAUUUAAAGAAAAAAAUUAUAAAACAAAGAAAUCUCUCCGCUGAUUGAUGCCUGAUGGUUACUCCGCUCAAACUUGAGGCCCUCCCCUCCCCCUCUGCUCUAUCCAAAUCGAACAUCCCCUGCUUCCCAUUUUUCUCUGAUUCACCGCCAGGAUAUGAUGAGCACCAUCUCAAGCCACCGUUAUAAUUGGUCACUAGGAUUUCAAGAGCAUUUUGUUAAAGGAAGAUCUGGUAAAGUUCCAUUUCCCGGAUAUUCUGGUAGACAUCCUCCUUCCAGAAGAUUGGAAAAACUGGUUUUCCUCCAUGGUCAAUGCCUUGAUCGUAGAUAUCAUGAAGGUAUUAAGAAAUACAGGCCUGUCCUGGCCAGUAUGGCGGAUGAUGGCAUGGAUCCAGAUGACUCUCAAGAUAGUAAUAAUGAGAAAGAAUCCCCAAAAAGCGAAACUGGAGGAAUGAACAGUGAGAUACUUCGAGAAAAUCUUGAAAGAAUUGUUGGCACAGAUGAUUCCACCUUCAGUGGAAUAGACCUUGCAAACCUAAUCAGGGACAAGUAUGGGAGGUCUUAUGAUGUUCAACUAAUAAAGAAGGAGUUCAUGGGAAGAAAUCUUCUUGCAUUGAAUGUGAUGUGGAAGUACAUGGAGCAGAGAUCCUUUCCGCUUACUGAAGAAGAGUAUCUAUUGAGGCUUGAUGACGUGGCAAACACAUUGAAAUGUUGGGGAGCUGUCUCACAUAUACGAAACAGUCUAGCAAAGUUGAAAGAGCGACCUCGGAUAGGAAAGUCUAAUGCUCGAAGGGUGGGCUUGGGAUGAAUGACUAAGACAUCUUGGAUUCGAUUUUGCACUAGGAGUACCCCUGAAUUACCUGUUACUUGGUUCUGGCAGGUGGGGUCAUGUAUCUAGGGUUUAGUCCCACGGGUGGUUCCUUUUUCUUCUUGGCAAUUUUAACAAAUUGGAAUUACAGGAACUGGAGGUAUAUAGUGGUUAUUCAAACUUUUCCAUUGGUGUUGAAAAGUCUGAAUCCAAUUGCUGGUUUCCUUGUUUAUUUUCUACCAUUUUGGAAGUGUCUGGCAGCCAGUAUCCUUCGUGAUGCUAUUUAUGUCAGUUGAAACAGACCAAUUAAAUCGACACCAGUUAAGCAUCUUGUGUGGUACAAGUACCCAAAUAAGUUUUUCUAGCUCCUUUGUCAUUCAUACAACCAAAUUUUCUAUUUAUAAAUUAACAAUAUCCCUUUGGUGCAUUACCAAAUCCAGAAAUUAAAUUAAUGCGUUGUUACAUACUGGCAAACCUCAGUAUAUGAUUUUAAAGAAAUGGUGAACUGAAAAGUUGUUAAUUGAAGAAGAAAAGAUUGUACAUGUUUUUUGUGAACGAUAUUUGCUGAUCAAUCAAAUAUAGUAAAGCUAGGAGUAGUAAUGGAACAGUGUAUUGUUGUUAGUUUUAUGUUUUACCUUCUUAGCCUUUUUUCUCCUUACUUGAUGGUCAAGGGCACUAAAGACCUCUGCCCACUAACCACAUAACCCUGCUCACAUAAUUUUUCUCUAGACCUGGGUAAUCUCUAAGUAGGCCUGGUUAUGAGCAAAUAGAUUGCCAUGCACUAUAGGCAUUUGUAGUCUAGGACUAGGGUAAACUCAAAAAGAAUGUCGGCAAUACUUCAAAAAGGUUAGACAAAUUCUACUU